GUGGGGCCGGGCCGGGGCGGUCCCGCGCUCCGUGAGGCGGCGGUGGGCGCGGCCCGGGGCCGGUCUGGCGCUCGGUGCUCGCGCGUCUGCCCCGGGCGCCGGAGGGGCGGCCUCUCCUCAGCGGCUCGGCCGGGCCGGGGGCGCGGCGAUGCGGCCCGUGGGCUAGGGAGCUGGGGGCCUGCCGGCAUGGGAGCGGCGGCCUGAGGCAGCAGCGCCGGGCGGGUGUUUCGGCACCGGUAAGCGCUUCGGGGCAGGAGGGGACGAGUUUCGCAGCGUGGGGUCGGCGAGGGAAGAGCCUGGCGGGGAAGGGGCCCGGGCAGCAGCAGCCCCUCGCCGCCCAGAGCCCAGGCCUGCCUCGAGUACGGCCGAGGCUGCCGUUCCUGCGUAAUUUCUUCUUCAUCCUCACUGAACGCGCCGCCCGCGUUGGCGUUCGGUGCGCCCCGGGACCUCCGCGGGGAGUCCCUUCUGCCGGGGUGACAACGUGAGAGUUGCCAUCGCGACAUGCGCCAUCCCCGAUGUGAAACUUCCGAGCCUCGUCUCCCGUUUCCCCCGGCCGUCCCCUGACUCCCCGCACACACCGCACACGCACCAGCCGGCUGCCCCGCCAAGUUCCUGCAGUUUGAUGGGAGAAGAUCAAAAGCAACAUCUGGACAAAUAUGUAGAUGACCGAGAGGUGUUUUCCUCUUCUGGCUUGGGAGUAAACCUCUCAGUAGCAGACUAGGACAUUUCUCGGAGGAAAUGGAUAUGUCUUCCCAAAAAUACCCAGUCAAAAAGCGAGUGAAAAUUCAUCCCAACACAGUAACAGUGAAAUACACUUCUCAUUAUCCCCAGCCAGGGGAAGAGGGAUAUGAAGAUGUUAAUGAAGAUACUGGAGUAUUUAUGGAGGAUAAUCCUAAGAAAAGACUACUGAAUGAUGGGAAAAAGAGAGAAAGGACCUUUUUUGGUACAAUAGACACCCAGCUUCAGCCAGCACAACUGCCAAAACCCGAUGAGAUCAGGAAAUCCCAUCAUUUUCCUGAAGGAAAUAUACUGCAGUCGAGGAAAACGUGGAUAAUCCUUUUCGGAUCUGCCGUGGCUCAUGGAUGUGUGGCUCUAAUUACAAGAUUAGUUUCAGAUCGUUCUAAAGUGCCAUCCCUGGAGUUAAUUUUCAUCCGUUCAGUCUUACAAGUGCUGUCCAUUACUGCUGUGUGUUAUCACCAUGAGCCUCCCUUUGGCCCCAAAGGCUACAGACUCCGGCUGUUCUUCUAUGGGGUCUGCAAUGUCAUCUCUAUCACUUGUGCUUAUACCUCCUUCUCUAUAGUGCCCCCCAGCAAUGGAACUAUUAUGUGGAGGGCCACCACUACAGUGUUCAGUGCUAUUUUGGCUUUUUUACUCAUAGAUGAAGGAAUGGCUUACAUAGACGUAAUUACUGUAGUUGGCAGCGUGUUUGGUGUUUGUCUCGUCAUGAUCCCCAACAUUGUUAAGGAGGAAAACUCUUUGCUGAGCACCUGGAAGGAAGCUUUUGGCUACACCAUGACUGUUAUGGCAGGUUUGACCACUGCUCUCUCCAUGAUAGUCUAUAGGUCGAUCAAGGAUAACAUCAGCAUGUGGACAGCACUGUUCACCUUCAGCUGGACAGGAACGGUGUGGGGAGCGUCCACCAUGUUCCUACUUCAAGAGCCAAUUGUCCCACUGGAUGGAGAAACCUGGAGCUAUCUCCUUGCCAUCUGCCUGUGCUCCACAGCUGCCUUCCUGGGGGUCUAUUAUGGCCUGAGCAAGUUCCACCCUGCUUUGGUCAGCACCGUACAGCACCUGGAGAUAGUCAUCGCUAUGAUCCUGCAGCUUCUCGUGUUGCGGAUCUUCCCCAGUGCUUACGAUCUUGUUGGGGGAGCAGUUAUUUUGGUUAGUGUUUUUUUCCUUGCAUGUUAUAAACUGUCCUGGAAUAAUUUAGGAAGACAAGAUUAUCAGGAGAUUGUGGAUUCUUCCAUUAAAUGAUUCUAGGAGUCUAUGAGUCUAAAUGAAUUGCGGUUUUGCUGUCCAAUUCUGGCUCUGUGACCAUGUGAAAGUAACAUAUUUCAGCCCUGUGGUGUUCUAGCAUAGUGGCCAGGUCCUCUCUCUACUCUUUAAAUUCAGAGCUGAUGUAGCAAUGUUGGUUAUUUCCAGACUUCCAUGACAGGUGAAUUUGUUCUAGUGUGUAUAACCACUGACAUUUUGCAUAUGAGAAAAGACUAUGUGUCCUGAGCACAUUGAGUGCGUGAGCAGAAGCACAGGCUGGCCCAUGAAAGUACAGGUCAAGUCAUAAGCAUCUUCACCUUCCCCAAGAGGGAUUCACUAGUGACUCAUUCCUGUGCGCUGAGCACAGUAAAACCAUUAAAAUGGUCAACCAAAGUGUUCAUAUCCUCUGUAACACUUCUUGUGCUUUGGCUGCAGUAUUCCAAAUGAAGUAAUGCUCAUCUGUUUGUGGCUAAAACUUGCAUUUCCUGGGUGUAUAAAGCAUAAGUCAGUAAAGCUUUUUGUGCUUUGUGGUUA